AUGCUGCAGCCUGUGGAGGAGCAGAAGCUAGAAGACCCUCAGGUCUCUGGGGAGCCCGGCAUGAAGGGCGUGGGGGGACCCCAACUCCUGGGCUGCCAGCCUCACACCACUUCUCUCACCAUGGCAUCUUCUCUGCCAAAGCCGCCUUCUUCCGAGCAAAAGCUGGACCUGCAGCCAGAGCCCACCGUCACCUUCUUGUUUACACUCCUAAGCACGGAGGAGCCCACUGAGCCCAAAGACCCAGAAGAGGACUUAGAGCUACAGGAGGGCAGGUUCCUGGAUAAGGAAGACUGGGGGUCCUGGCGGACCUCCGAGGAGAUCAGCCACUUGCUGAAUGAUUGCAUGAGGCUUCGAGAGUCACUGAGCAUUACCCAAGCAGACAAUCUGACCCUGGGGAAGAGGCUGCAAAACCUGGUGAGGAUCCCCUUCCUUUGUUGGAACACCAUCCAGAAGGAAGUGAAGGCCAUCCAGGAGGGAGGCCUGUCCAUCCAGAAGGAAGCCAUCCAGGAGGGAGGCCGGUCCAUCCAGGAGGGAGCCCAGGCCAUCCAGGAGGGAGGCCAGGCCAUCCAGAAGGAAGCCAUCCAGGAGGGAGGCCGGUCCAUCCAGGAGGAAGCCUAA